AUGCAGGCGUUGCGGAGCGAGAUACUUCCUCCUAGUGGGGUCCAAUUUGCAACUAGUCUCAAGUUGCUGCCGUCCCUUGUCAUGCGAAGCCGUCUGGAUCCAUACGGCUCAAGUCGGAAGUUUGUAUGUAAUAUAGUCGUUGCUCACUCGCAUCUGCUUCGCAUUUUUGAAGUCGUAGAAGAGCCUGUAUCACCUCAGCUGCAAGCCAGCCAGAGCACUGGAAGGGACGGGUGGUCUCGUGUGAGGAAGGAUACGGAGGCAGUCGAAGGAGAGGUUGAGAUGGACACGCAAGGAGAAGGAUUCGUCAACAUGGCGAGUAAACCGCUCUCAAUGACAACGUAUCAAUUUCAUUUCAUCCGAGAACAUCGGCUUCAUGGAAUCGUCACUGGACUUGAACCCGUGAAAAUACUUUCGUCAACAGAGGACUCUCUUGAUCGUCUCCUCGUCUCCUUCAAGGAUGCCAAACUCGCCUUACUGGAGUGGUCUCCGGAAUUGCAUGAUUUGGUUACUGUUUCCAUACAUACGUACGAAAGAGCUCCCCAAAUGACAUUUCUAGAUCCCAGUAAAUUUACGGGGCAGCUGAGGGUCGAUCCUCUUUCGCGCUGUGCGGCUUUAUCACUACCUUGCGACUGCCUCGCUAUACUUCCAUUCUACCACAGCCAGGUGGAUCUCGACCUGGUAGAUGCGGAUCAAACAGUUAGCAGAGAUAUUCCUUAUUCUCCGAGCUUCAUUCUUGAUCUCUUCAACCAAGUCGAUCACCGAAUACGAAAUGUUAUUGAUUUUGCCUUCCUUCCCGGAUUCAACAAUCCAACUCUGGCCGUGCUUUUCCAGACACAACACACGUGGACAGGGCGGCUUAAAGAAUUCAAGGAUACCUGCAAUUUGUUUAUUUUCACGCUUGACCUCGUCACACAUAUGUAUCCCAUCAUCACUUCAGUGGAAAAUCUUCCUCACGACUGCUUUGCGAUGCUGCCGUGUGACAGCUCUCUCGGCGGUGUUGUGAUCAUCAGCUGUAAUUCGCUCAUAUAUGUGGAUCAAGCAUCACGGAAAACGGUACUACCUGUCAACGGUUGGGCUGCGCGAGUGUCCGACAUGCCAAUGCAGCAACUUCGCCCGGAAGAAAUGAACCGCGACUUGCAUCUUGAGGGUGCGCAUGCAACGUUUGUAGAUUCACGCACCUUUUUUAUCAUAACCCGUGAUGGCUUGGUUCUACCCGUUGAGAUUGUAAUGGAUGGGAGGACAGCACUGCGCCUAGCUCUACACCCUGCGAUGUCGCAAACAACUACACCUGCGCUCGUGAGGAAUGUGGCUUUUAGAAGUGCUAGUGGAGACCAGGCUCCACGUUCCCAGAUUCUCUUCGUAGGAAGCACAGUAGGUCCGUCUGUAUUGCUCAGGGUUACCUGGGUGGAGGAGGAGAUUCAGAAGGACAAGCAACAAGGGGACAUUCCUGCUGCAGUCGCAGACAAUCCAAUGGCAGUGGAUUUUGACGAUGAAGAUGAUAUCUAUGGAGACGUCGCGAAAGAAACCCAAACAACGCAUGGCCAGCCUACAGCAGCGUCCCAGGCUGCCGUGGAAACAAAAUCUGUUAUCCAUCUUUCAUUGUGUGAUUCUUUAUCUGCAUAUGGUCCGAUAAAUUCCAUGGCCUUCGCCUUGACAAGGAAUGGCGAUCGUCCAACGGCAGAACUCGUAGCCGCAACAGGAUAUGCCAGGCUUGGAGGCUUCACAUUAUUCCAGCGAGACGUUCCCACCCGUUCCAAACGAAAAUUGCACGCAGUUGGUGGAGCACGGGGUAUUUGGUGUAUUCCAGUUCGACAGUCAUUGAAGGUCAACGGCUCUGAACGGUCACGAAACCUUCUUCCCGGAUCUUCCGAAGUAGUCGAUACGGUGAUAGUCAGUACGGAUGCUAACCCGUCUCCUGGCUUGACUCGAUUCGCCGCGAAAUCAUCUCGGAAUGAUAUUGCAAUCACAGCGCGUCGAACGGAGACGACUAUCGGCGCAGCACCAUUCUUUCAACGCACUGCCAUCAUCCAUGUAACAACUGAUCUUAUACGUGUUCUUGAACCAGAUUGUAGUGAGCGACAAUGCAUCAGGGAUAUGGAUGGUUCAAAUAAACGACCGAAGAUACGAUUUUGCUGUAUCUCCGAUCCGUUUAUCCUCGUCAUAAGGGAGGACGAGUCACUGGGUUUAUUCGUUGGUGAUGCGGAACGUGGGCGAAUACGAAGGAAGGACAUGACGCCAAUGGGUGAAAAGGUAUCCCGAUAUUCUGCUGGGUGUUUCUUCUUGGACCAAAGUGGCAUAUUUGAACUUCACAUGAGCGAAUCAUCACCUACUACAGGCACUUCGGAUGACAAACAGAGAAUGGGGACAGGUUCGCUCGAGUCUGCUGUUGAUGCUCAACGCGGAACUCAAUGGCUUGUUCUGUGCCGACCUCAGGGGGUCGUGGAGAUAUGGACGUUGCCUAAGUUAGCGUUGGUAUUUUCAACGUCAUCCCUUAAAGACUUGCCGUCCGUGGUAUCCGAUUCUUUUGAUCCUCCAGCACUUUCGUUGCCGGAGGACCCACCUCGCAAACCACAGGAGGCCGACAUUGAGCUGUUGCAAUUUGCACAGAUUGGAGAACUAUAUCCCCAUCCUCACCUCAUUGUAAUGCUGCGUUGCGGACAAUUAGCGAUUUAUCAAGCAGUGGCAGUGGAUAAGGAUGACUUCCCGGAGUCGACCGUGCGGACGUCUACGCUCAAAAUCAAGUUUAUCAAAAUGGGUACCCGCUCAUUUGAACCACGUCAGCUUGAGCCAGCGGAAAAAUCUUCGGUGAUAGCGGAGCAAAGACGAGCUCUCCGGUCGCUUGUCCCAUUCAUAGUCUCCCCAAACUCCGAAAAGCGCGUCUCAGGCGUCUUCGUCACAGGCGAUGAACCAUGUUGGAUUGUCGCCACGGACAAGGAUGGACUAAAGAUCCACUCAUGUAGUUUCCAGACUGUUAAUUCGUUCACAUCUUGUUCCGUCUGGGACUCAAAAUGUGACUUCCUCAUGCAUACCGAUGAGGCAUUUGGACCAUGCCUCCUAGGAUGGAUUCCUGAAUUCAAUCUUGGCACGGAUAUGCCCUCCAAGACGGUCACCGUAGGCCGCACAUAUACAAAUGUGACUUUCGAUGCGGCGUCAGGCCUGAUGGUCGCAUCCUCUGUGGUACCGAAUCCGUUCACAAUCUUUGAUGAAGAAGGAAACAAGCUGUGGGAGCCUGACGCUCCAAAUAUUAAUUACCCUCACUCUGUGAUGUCCGCACUGGAACUCUUCCAUUCGGACCUUUCUUGCGUAAUGGACGGAUACGAGUUUCAGCCGAAUGAAUUUGUCACUGCUUUGGAUUGUGUGCAACUUGAGACUCAGAGCACGGAGAGCGGAACAAAAGAAUUCAUUGUAGUCGGCACAACUGUAAACCGAGGAGAAGAUUUGGCAGUUAAAGGGGUGACUUACGUGUUCGAGAUUGUCGAGAUUGUGCCAGAUCCGGAAGGUGGACUUGCACGACAAUUUAAGCUUCGUCUUCUGUGCAAAGACGAGGCGAAGGGACCCGUCACAGCGCUGUGCGGAAUGAACGGGUAUCUCGUUUCUUCAAUGGGUCAGAAGAUAUUUGUUCGAGCCUUAGAUCUAGACGAGCGCCUCGUUGGAGUCGCCUUCCUGGAUGUUGGCGUAUACGUCACGUCCUUACGCACCAUCAAAAACCUUCUCAUUAUUGGAGACGCGGUUAAAAGCGUGUGGCUUGUCGCAUUCCAGGAGGACCCAUUCAAGCUUGUAAUAGUCGCCAAGGAGGUCCAACGACUUGAUGUUAUGACUGCCGACUUUCUUUUUGCCUCCGAUGGAGACUUCUAUAUCGCAGUGAGCGAUGAGGAAGGUAUCAUCCGUCUUCUAGAAUACGACACUUCUGAUCCUGAGUCUCACAGCGGCCAGUAUCUCCUUCGGCGAACAGAAUACCAUGCACAGGUUGAAAGCCAUACGACUGUCCUGAUUGCUCGUCGGUCACAAAAUGAUGGCCUUGUUCCACAGGCCAGGCUCAUCAGCGCUGCUGUGGAUGGGUCAAUGUAUGCUCUUACUCCUGUGGACGCUGACGAGUCGGCGAAGCGCCUUCAACUUCUCCAGGGACAGCUAACGCGCAACAUGCAGCAUGUUGCAGGUCUAAAUCCACGAGCAUUUCGGGCUGUGCGCAGCGACGGAGUCGCGAGACCUCUCACAAAGGGCAUCCUAGAUGGCAAUCUCCUUGCUGGAUUUGAGCAAUUACCUAUACCACGACAAAACGAAAUAGCCCGUCCUAUUGGCACAGACAGGUUGGCUGUACUGCGAGACAGACGAGAGUUGAGCGGACCGUGGUAG